CUGGUCGCUGCCUUCGGUAUCCAAUUUUUGGCAUCUAUCCUUAUGUAUGGAGCUGUUAUCAUACACUUAUCGCUUCUGGACGUCUUCCAGAAAGAUGACGCCACCACAUCCAUUGUUGGAUCUCUACUGAUCAAUCUCAUGAGUAUCUCAGGUCCUCUGACGAGUUAUUGUAUCAAAAGAUGGAGCUGCAGAGUCACUUCCGUCUCAGGAGGGAUAAUAGUGGUGAUUGGGUUAAUUGCUUCGUUCUUUACAAAUCGUUUUGGGUAGUGCUGGUGACCAAUGGAAUAAUUUCAGGUUACUUCAUGUGUAAUUUUAGUAUGUCUGUAGUAUGAAAGGCGAAGAUAACGAACAGUGAUCAAUCUCAUGAAUCCCACGAGCAAUACAAAAUAGAGAGUUGGGCAAGCAUGGACCACUGAAAACACCAGAGGUGGGAUCAGGUGCCUAGGAGGAGUAAGCAUCCACUGUCGACCGGUCAUACCCGCCGUGAGCCCUAUAUCUUGAUCGGGUUAACGGAGUUAUCCGUAGUCAAAAUCAAUGAGCCAAUCAUGGCGUAUGAUUUCUUCUUUAUUAGGUUAUAUGAUGGUUGGAAUGUUUAGGAAAUAUUUUGAGAGCAAGCAUUAAUAGCGUCCUUUUCUCACAACGAAAAGUGCUAAAAUAUGAAUCCUGAUAAAAUUAGUACACAUAUACCGAUUUCAUACCCUUCUUGAUAUUGAAACGAUUCAAAAUACUUUGAUGGUAAGGUGAUAUACUCUUUCUGAAGUUACUGCAUAAAAUAUUGCAAUAUUAUAUGCAUUAUAUUUGUCCCCCAAACAUGUCACCUUUAUUUGGCCACUCCAUAUGAUCGCUUUUGUAAAACCAAGUCCAUUAAAGAGACAAUGCAUGCGUGCAGAUUGCAAAAAUAUAUCGGUAACGAACUAUUCUUUGUAGUAUUUUUAAUUUUGUUGAAUUGUUGAAAGUAUGUAAUUGUAAUCUUCGAAUUAAACUAAUAUUGUCCAGUUUUAUCAAUUUGUAUGGCCAUAAAGGAGAACAAAGAAACCCCAUGCAUAAUGAUAUCAUUAAUUCAACUGAUGCCUGCAAUAAUUUUUUUACAGAGAGUAAUUAUUCAAUAAGCGAUAUUUUCAAUUUUCACAAUUGAUUUAAUGACCUCUUUAUAUUGAAUUGUUGCUCUCUUUUAAAGAAUUAAUACAUGCAUUAAUUCUCUGUAAAAAUCGUUUUAAAUAAUAAUAGGUCCUUAGUACCCCUUCCUUGUCGUAAGAGGCGACUGAAUGGAACGUUCCCUCGGACGAGGAGUCACAAACCGAGGUCCCGUGUCACAGCAGGUGUGGCACCUAAGCGCCAAGUAUAGAGGUGUGGCACCUAAGCGCCGAGUAUGGGCAAUGGUGAUGUCUCCAUACGAAUGAAAAAUUCUCUUGCGGGACGUUAAGCAAAAUACAACUAAACAAUGAAACAAUUAACUGUAUAGUUGCUGCGAAUUUAGCAUAAUUGGUGAUGUCUGUUAUGGUGUUCUUUCGUCAUUAUACCGUUUGUAACACAAGAAGUAAAUGUCCUUUGCAAUCAAGAAACUAUUCAUUCUAUCGAAAACAUUAAAAAAUACUGUCAUUAAUUUCUAAUGAAAAUUUCAUUUGAUUUUCUUUAUUUUGAAAUAUUUCACUUAGGCAUAGGCAUUGGAUUAGCGAUACUUUCCUGUCCAGUCGCCAUUAGAUAUGCGUUUCCAAAACAUAGUGGAUUUGCUAUGGGCAUUACUACUUCCGGUGUUUGACUGGGGAUGUUGACUAGUGGGCCAAUUACCAAGCACCUCCUAGACACGUAUGGCUUACGAGGAACAUUUCUAUUUUUAGCUGCCAUUGUGUCUCAUAUCAUACCGUGUGGUAUGCUAUUAAGAACUCCGCCAAAUAAAGGGCUUACAACAAAGAGAAAGGAAAACAGAUGUGAAUAUUUAAAAGAUUACAUCAUCUUGUUUAAAACACCCGCUUAUAUGUGCGUUCUUCUCGGUUCAGUGCUGUGGAAUAUUUCUUUCGCGGUUAUCAUGAUUCAUUUACCAAAUUACGUUGUGCAUGCUGGUUUUUCCAAACACGAAGCAUCAUUCAUGUUUACAGCGAUCGGUAUCGGCACGAUACUGCCCAGACUAACGAUUGGACUGGCCAUCGGACCCGACGGUCUGGAUCCAUUAUUACUCAAUUUCGGACUGACAGCUUUAGCAGGAGAAAUGGCGGGAAUGGAUAAGCUGACGUCUGCAAUUGGCUUAUGGUACUUUUUUCAAGGACUGGGGUCUUUCACUGGUCCACCUCUAGAAGGUCUUGUUUUUGACAUGACUGGGUCUUAUGGAUUCUCGUUUAUCUUGGCAGGUCUGCUUACCUUGAUAGCAGCAGGGUGUUCAUUGCUCGCUUCUGUUUGGAGAAAAAAAUCACCAACACAACAGGAAUUCAAUUCUUUGGCACCCGAAGAAAACAAAGAUAAGCUUAAGAAUUCUGAUGAUAUCUCUAGAGAACAAGGUCAAAAAGUGAUGUCAAAUGACGCUUAAUAGUUUUGUUUUAACAUGUUUUUGCAAACUGUACAAUUUAUCUUAAUGGUUUAAGGAAACGGUUUAUUGAUUUGAGUGUGAAAGCAGCAGGGCAAUCAUUGCACAUGUAGAUUACUAUAACAUAUGAAGUUAAUUUGUAACGGUAGCUUUUAAUUUAAGAUAGCUCCAUCUUCAUGUAAAACUUAUACGGUACCAAUGUUGAUGCACCAGAUGCGCAUUUCGACAAAUAAUGUCUCUUCAGUGAUGCUCAACCGAAAUGUUUGAAAUCCAAAAUAACAAUGAAGUUUUAGAGCUAUUAUAGCCAAAAACAGCGUGCCAAAAAAGUGGAGACAAAUUCGUCUAAGGAUAAGAGCUAUGCAUGAGGGAGAUAAUCCUUAAUUUUGAAAUGAAUUUCUAAAUUUUAUAACAGCAAUUAAAUAUACAUCCGUAUUUUCAAGCUAGUAACGAAGUACUUAGCUAGUGGGCUAUAGAGACCCUCGGGGACUAGCAGUCCACCAGCAGAGGCCUCGACCCUCAUGUGACUUUUCAAUAUUAAGGGUUUAAAGUGGAACACUGUAUUUAUUUCCAUUCAAUAAUUAAUAACCAAGGAAAACGUGUUGCCACCGUUUUGAAGAUGUCACAGAUACAACAUCAGAAAAUAACAAAUUUGUUGAAAUGACAAAUUUUAAGUCAACAGUUUAGAAAAACUGCUAAUUCAAAAAUAUGUAUAAAUUUACUCUGGAUAUUAGGGAAAUCAUUGUAUGAUAUAGACAUACAGUAGAAUAAUUAACAGAAUAGGAGUUAUUGCCCUUGACAUCUUUUUUGAAUAAAUAAUUGAUUAUGAGAUAUUUUUUCAUUUAGUAUCAAUAGUUUAUCAAAUUUUUUAUUUUAUGCACUAAAUGAGAUUCCUCUGAAAGAAAUAUUUCUAUCAUUCUCAAAGUCUAAUUUAAUAAAGAAAUUUGCAAAAACCUAUGACAUCACAUCAGGAUCGAUCAACCUUAAUUUCUUUGAAUCGUACUACAAAACUUUUAGGAAUGAAAUCGUUCCCCUUUGUCCAUCAAAUCAUUCUCUUGAUCGUGCUUUUGAUGAUAUUAUUUUGUUAAAAACUGAGAAGUUUUAUAAAUGAUCUUUGUAUUUAAUCAAUGUGAAAUGUAACACGGAAGGGAACUUUGUCAACCAAAUCAAAGGUGAAG